AAGAGCAUAUAACAUUAUGAUGUUUGUUUCCUCAGCACAGCUUUCUACAUCAGUGCUAGCAUGUACCGGUCCCUAGAUACCGGGAUGAGGCAGUCUCCUGCUGCUUCCUAUUGGCUGAUAACCUUAGCAACAGGAUACAUGCGCGUGUCAUUGGCUACUUUCUCCUGCCACUCAAUCGGUUAUUAGACAUCCUGAGUGUCCGUUAACGCGGGUCGAAUAAGCCCCGCCCUCUCCGACUGCAGAAAACAAGGGCACUGGGUUGGUAUCUCACCCACCCCCGGUUGCACUGCGAAACGGGGAUGCUGAGCAGAGACGCGCCCCUGUCACGGCGGGUGUCUCUGGAUAAUUGAUCAUGAUGCACUUCUCGGUAUAAUGCACACUUGGAGGUUGUGAAGGAUGCCAGUGGUUUCUCGUGCGCUCUGCAGAACCCGGUUACACUGCAAUACUGGACCUCAUGUAGAUUAGAGACAUCAACACUGGUGGUGUUUUUUUUUUUUUUCCUCGAGCGGAUGAGUCGGGCACUGCAUCGCUGCAGACCUGGAAACCGUCGCUAAGGAAUAAGCAUCCCAGUCCAGCAGGCGCCAUGCUGACUAGCAUCACAGAGGGCAUCCUAUGCUGCCUGACAGGCAAAAGUGGAAAUGCAGUGCUGCCUGUGGAAUCAUCGGAUGCUGCUCCUUCUGAUGGGUUCGAGUUUGUGGAGGUGAAGCCAGGCCGAGUACUACGUGUCCGCCACGUCCUGCCUGAGCGUCCUGCCAAUCCCGAGCUGCAGCAGGAGCAGGGUACCAGUGUGCACUGCAAGCGCAAGAUCACUGUCUACCGCAACGGCCAACUAGUGAUUGAGAACCAGGGGGACGUGCUGCGUGCCGAGAUUCUACAUUGCCCCAAUGGAGACGUGGAGCAGUGCAGCACUGUGGAGGUGGAGCUUGCUGAUUACUUCACUGCACCUUCCUCUCCAGAACCCAAGUCGGCUCCUCCUACUCUUUCGGGUACAGACCAGCAGAAACCAGCACCACCACCCAGGCGACGGAGGAGGAAGCCCAAGCGCACAGUUCUUAUUGACUCAGAGAGAUGUAUCAGCAGCUGUAAGGGGACGCACUCCGACGUGGCACUCUUCUUCAUCCACGGCGUUGGAGGCUCACUGGACAUCUGGGGUCGUCAGUUGGACUUCUUCUCCAAACUGGGCUAUGAGGUCAUCGCGCCAGACCUGGCAGGGCAUGGAGCCAGCACGGCCCCUCAGAUAGCGGCUGCUUACACGUUCUAUGCCCUGGCUGAGGACCUGCGCGCCAUUUUCAAGAGAUAUGCGCGCAGACGCAACAUCCUCAUUGGCCACUCAUACGGGGUGUCAUUCUGCACGUUCCUGGCACAUGAAUACCCAGAGCAGGUACAUAAGGUGGUUAUGAUAAACGGUGGUGGCCCCACAGCGCUGGAGCCGAGUCUCUGCUCUAUCUUCCAGCUGCCCUCCUGUGUCUUGCACUGCCUGUCACCUUGCCUCGCAUGGAGCUUCCUCAAGGCCGGAUUUGCUAGACAAGGAGCUAAAGAGAAACAGAUGCUAAAGGAGGGCAAUGCAUUUAAUGUGUCUCCAUUUGUGCUGCGGGCCAUGAUGAGUGGUCAGUACUGGCCUGAGGGAGACGAGGUGUACCAUGCUGAGCUCACUGUUCCCAUUUUGCUUGUGCACGGGCUCUAUGACAAGUUUGUGCCCAUGGAUGAGGACCAGCGAAUGGCUGAGAUUCUCCUAUUUGCCUUCUUGAAAGUGAUCGAGGAAGGCAGUCACAUGGUCAUGAUGGAAUGCCCAGACACGGUCAACACCCUUCUGCAUGAGUUCUUUCUCUGGGAGCCAGACAUCACCAGAAAGGAGUGUGCAGAUGAUACACCUACCAUUCCGACUGUUACUAUAGACACCAUGACUGACGAGAACACUGGCACACAGAAAUCCAACAAGCCUGUAAACAAAUAACCGAUGAGGAGUGGUGUCUUUGUAGGGCAAACCAAUCAGAAGGCUCUUGAUGGCAGGCUGCAUGAGGUGGAGUGAUCACCCAGGCUGAAAGCUAAUUUUUUGGAGCUGAAGAUUGAGCUGAGCGUUCGAGCUGGUUGCACCAAGACAGCAAGAAAGGUUCAAGAGGUGAGACUGGCCAACACAGGCCAGAGGACAAAAGAAAAAAAAAUGAAAGCAUAAACCUAAUUUCCGACCAGACCAUCAUGGUUUAUUACAUUUCAUUGGUUUCACAUCUCUCUGCUACCUUUGGACAGGUAACUUUUCUUCUUGUGGUGUAUCAACAAAAGGACUCAAGCUCAGCCCGGUGGAUGAAAUCGGGCCGAUUUUAAGUGCUCAAGCUCUAACCAGAAAGGUGUGGACUGAUUUUUUGGCUGGAUUACGGAGCUGUCCCCAUGCUCAUACGGUGCUUAUAAAUCUAUUGUGUGAUCUACUGUGACCCAGGUCACAUAAGUGCAUCAAAGCGGGGAGAGAAAUGGAGCUUAGAGCCAAAUCUAAGUGUCAUGUUUAACAUGCUGUUGCUGAACAUUGCUGUUAUUUGUUCAGAGUAACACCGAUAAUUACAAUAAGGGGGAAAAAAAAUAAAGAGUAGUGAUAUUGUCUUCCCAUGGCACACAUGCCUACAGCCCCAGGAAGAAAAAAAAGGAGGCUGGGAGGGAAAACAAUGACAAACUUUCAACAACCAUAUUUAAUUUGAAGGCAUUACCUCAGUAGUCCAUGUGUAAGUGUUAUGUAGAACAUAACUAAGAUACUAACAUAUCACUGUUACAGUUAAAUAACCUGCUAUAAUGGGCAUUUUAUUUGCCAUGAAUUGAUCUGUUUUCUUUAAACAAAAAAACAAAUGCAGAUUUGUGGCUAAGUGCAGGGCCGAAGGGUGAACACAAAUGCGAUGAGCAGAAAACUCUGUCAGCAGGAGCACUUUCGUGUCUCCUAGCAACGAGAAAAGAUGUGUUGGUGGUGCAUUCACAGCUCUGCCAUAGACAGGAAAGAAGAGAGAGAGAGAGAGAGAGAGAGAGAGAGAGAGAGAGAGAGAGAGGGGAUGUUGGUGCUGAUGUACCACUGAUAUGGUUCACACCCAGGGAAUAAGCUAGAAAACAAAAUACUGUUAAUACAAUCUUAACACUGUUACACUAACAUGAAGACAAUAACCAAGAUCGAAUAACAACUGUAGAUCAAAAUAAUAUCAGUGUCACAUUACAGCAUUCGUACAAAAUGCGACUGACACACACCGAGUGAUUAUGCAGUAGGAGAGGGUAUGACUUUCGGAAAUAAACAGAAGCACAGAUAUGGUGACUCAUGACCAAGGAACAGAUUGAGGAUAUAGGAAGGUGCAGGUUGCCAUAACAACAGACAGUCCGAUGUCCGCAUGGUAAAUAAGAUGAAGGCUCGGUCAGUGUGAGAUAACGGAUGCAGGAACUGCAUUGUAGAAAGACAAAAUGGUCAGUGUGCGUUGCCUUCGUUCGUUUUUCUUUAUUUUUAAUUGAAAACAGAGCACUGUUUUUUUUCCCCAUAGCACAUACUGACAUAGGAAUACAUUCAGCGUACUCUGGAAGCUUGUUCUGUUUUCAUAGCAGAUAUUAUGCAAGGGGGAUCGGCGUCUGCGGUGAUUUAAUUUGGGUGAUAUAACAUUCUUACAUUUUAGCACCUUAUAUAGCGGCUAUAUUGGCUAUAUUAAUGUCAAACUCUUGCAUCAUUAAUUUGCAAAAUCAUAUUAGCAGUACAUCAGGCAUUUUUUUUAAGCUACACUCUUCUAGCUAGGAAGCUUUUGGGAAGUUGUAGCCCAGUGGUCAGUGUGCUACUUAUUGGAAGGCUGUGGGUUCAAAUCCCAGGACUGCCACUGUAGUUGUAUAAAUGAGAUGAAUGGAAGUCGCUCUGGAUAAGUGGGUCUGCCAAAUGCCAUAAAUGUAAAUGUUGCUCUCCAGUAAUUGCUGAUACACAUUUAUUCAUUUUUAGCCCCGUAAUGAAUCUGAAAUAAUUGCAAAACACGUCUCACGUGAAUGAAUGAACGCAACGUACAUGGCCUUAUCCCUAUCAGGUUAAUGCGAUGAAUAAAUGUCUAUUAGUCCCUUUACCCACAGAUUAUUUUUCAGUUAUUAUAUAAGGAUGAUUAGAAUGAAGAAAGCCAAUAUACAGUUAUAUAUAACUGUUAUAUAAUA